AUGGUACAUGAGUUGAGGGCAUUGCUUGCUAAUCUGGAGAUAGAUGAUGAGGGACAGAUGAUAGCCACUUGGCAAGUGAAACCAUUGCUAACUGAUCAGAUAAAAAUGACAGCAUUGAAUGAUGAAAAGUAUGUAAAAUUGAUGGAGGAAGCUCAGGAUGGCAAGAAACAUGGAUUUUCAGUGAAUGAUGAUGGCUUACUGUUACACCAGGGAAGAGUGUUCAUUCCAAAUGAUGUGGAAUUAAGAACGGUAAAAGAGCACUAUUGGUGGAUGGGUAUGAAGAAGGAUAUAGCUGAGUAUGUUGCCAAAUACCUGACUUGUCAGCAAAUAAAGGCAAAACACCAAGUGCCAGCUGGUUUGCUAUAG